CAUAAAACUGUUGGGUGUGUUUGUUAUUCUUAGGCUAUAAAAGGAUCUCUCCACCUGCAAACAUACCAGACAGCUGAGAAACACUUGUACAGAUAAUCGACGGAGGUCAUUAUUACAGAGAUGUUGGGAGGAAAAGCUUUCAUCUCAGGCUGCACUCUGCUUGCGCUGGUUACUUUAUGUGGUCAAACUGCUCACUGCAAAACCGAAGGUUCAACUCUACUGAAAGACCUGAGAAUUGUUCUUGUUGGGAAAACUGGAUCUGGAAAAAGUGCUUCUGGAAACACCAUCCUGGGAAAUCCAAAUGCCUUUAAAACGGAUAUGUCUCCUGAGUCGGUUACUAACGGCUGUCACAAAGAAGAGUCUAAUGAUGGUGAGAGGAAAAUUGUAGUGAUUGACAGUCCUGGACUUUUUGAUACUAACAAAAGACAAGAAGUUGUGAAAGGAAAAAUUGAGGAGUGUAUUAAGCAGUCAGUUCCUGGACCCCAUGCUUUUCUGUUAGUGAUCAGUCUGAAGGCUAGAUUCACUGAUGAGGAGAAGGCCACUGUGAAGUGGAUCCAGGAUAAUUUUGGUUCGGAUUCUUCCAUGUAUACCAUAGUUCUGUUUACACACGCUGACAUGCUAGAGCAUAAAUCAGUGGACCAAUAUGUCUCGGAGAGCAUACAUCUAAAAAGACUGAUAAACCAGUGUGGAGGAAGGUAUCAUUCUCUCAUGAAUAACAAGAUAGGAAACAGAAUCCAGGUCGAAAGUCUUCUGGAAAAGAUAGACAAAAUGGUGCAGUAUAAUGGAGGAAAACACUACACCAGCGAGAUGUACAAGCAAGCCCAGGAGAAACUUUAUGAGGAGGAAAGGAAAAGAGGGAAAGAUUGGUGUAAUAAGCUCGGUAUUUUUUCCCUGGCAGCUCUUGUAGCAGGAGCUGUCUUACCUGCAGGAGCAGUCCAGUUUGGGGCUCGUGCAAUAGGUGUAUCAGUUGGAGCAUUUGCAGCCUAUAAUUGUGUUGUUUUGUGUGAAUCGACGGAGGUCAUUGUUACAGAGAUGUUGGGAGGAAAAGCUUUAAUCUCAGGCUGCACCCUGCUUGCGCUGGUUACUUUAUGUGGUCAAACUGCUCACUGCAAAACCGAAGGUUCAACUCUACUGGAAGACCUGCGAAUUGUUCUUGUUGGAAAAACUGGAUCUGGAAAAAGUGCUUCUGGAAACACCAUCCUGGGAAAUCCAAAUGCCUUUAAAAAGGAUAUAUCUCCUGAGUCUGUUACUAACAGCUGUCACAAAGAAGAGUCUAAUGAUGGUGAGAGGAAAAUUGUUGUGAUCGACAGUCCCGGACUUUUUGAUACUAACAAAACACAAGAAGUUGUGAAAGAAAAAAUUGAGGAGUGUAUUAAGCAGUCAGUUCCUGGACCCCAUGCUUUUCUGUUAGUGAUCAGUCUGAAGGCUAGAUUCACUGAUGAGGAGAAGGCCACUGUGAAGUGGAUCCAGGAUAAUUUUGGUUCGGAUUCUUCCAUGUAUACCAUAGUUCUGUUCACACACGCUGACUUGCUAGAGGAUAAAUCAGUGGACCAAUAUGUCUCGGAGAGCAUACAUCUAAAAAGACUGAUAGACCAGUGUGGAGGAAGGUAUCAUUCACUCAUGAAUAACAAGAAAGGAAACCAGGUUGAAAGUCUUCUAGAGAAGAUAGACAAAAUGGUGCAGUAUAAUGGAGGAAAACACUACACCAGCGAGAUGUACCAGCAAGCCCAGGAGGAACUUUAUGAGGAGGAAAGGAAAAGAGACGAAGAGAGGAUAGCUUGGUGUAAAAAGCUCGGUAUUCUUUCCCUGAUAGCUAUCGCAGCAGGAGCUGUCUUACCUGCAGGACUUCUCCAGUAUGGGGCUGGUGCAUUCGGUGCAUCAGUUGGAUAUGCAGCCUAUAAUUGCUUGGUAAAACACAUGAAUCUGAUCAACAGGUUGGCGUCUAAAAAUGUGGAACACCCUUUACCUGACAGCAUCACGGAGUGGGGGAUUCUGGCUAUCAGUGCCUCACCUCAUGCAGAAACAACCCGUACACAACUGCACAUAGCUGUGGACAGCCUCUUUGGGGAUGCACUUUUCAGAUGUAAACUGAAGACAAUAGAAGGAAAUAGGAAGCCCCCUUUGCAAAGGCCAGGCUUCCAGAAGUUUCCCAGAAAAUCCAUGUCUGAAGUCAAACCACGGAGCUUGUCUAAGUUCACAACUCAGGCCUGGAACAACACAUUUGGCCACCUGGGAACUGGAAAAAGUGAAAUUGAAGUGAUGGCUGAAGCAAUACCACUGCGAGAAAAGAAGCAGAAAACUCUUCCUCGGGCUGAUGGGUGUGGUCUGAACAGCUUUGACGCUGGGGACAUUUCUGGAGGGUUGCGGAUUGUCCUGGUGGGCAAGACUGGAUCUGGCAAGAGUGCGACAGGAAACACCAUCCUUGGGAGAGCUGCCUUCAAAGAAGACCCGAGCCCUGUAUCUGUGACCAAACACUGCGAGACACAGAGCGGGGAGGUGGACGGGACUGUGGUCCAGGUGAUUGACACUCCAGGUCUGUUUGAUACAGGCAUCACAGAGGAAGAAUUGAAAACCAGAAUAGAGGAAUGCGUCACAAUGUCCGUGCCCGGCCCUCACGCCUUCCUAUUGGUGAUCAGGCUCGGAGUAAGGUUCACCGAGGAGGAAAGAAACGCUGUGAAGUGGAUCCAGGACAACUUUGGGGACGAUGCCUCCAUGUACACUAUCAUGAUGUUUACAUGCAAAGAUCAGGCCAAAGCUGACAAUGCUCUGAAGGAGUGCAAGGAGCUGCGGAGACUCUCUAUUACGUUUGGACGCCGGUACCAUGCCUUUAACAACAAAGACCCGCAGGACCAAGUACAGGUCAAAGAUUUGAUUACCAUGGUCAAGGAAAUGAUCCAGGAAAAUGGGGGGAAACACUACACCAAUGAGUUGUAUGAGAAAGCCCAGAGGAAGCUGAGGGAGGAGGAGGAGCGGAAGAUACAAGAGGAGGAAGAGAAGAAGGAGGAGGAGAGGAAAAUAUGGGAUGCAGAUAGGGAGGAGAAAGAGAAACAGAGAGAAAAGGAGAAGAAGGUUAAAAGGAAGAAUAUACGCGUGGCCUCGGCUGCUGCUGUUGUGCUGGUGUUAGCGGGGGCUAUCAUAGCAGUGGGGGCCGACACCACGGUGGCUUUGGCUCUAGGCGCUCCUGUGCUCCUGCUGGGAGUGUUAUGUGGUUUAGCUGCUUUUUGUGUCUGGAAGGGCAUAAGAUGCAAAGCAAAAGCAAAUGUUCCGGUAUAGGCAGAGGUUAGUGAGACAAGGUGACAUACAGUAGAAGUAUACUGCUCUCAUGAUGGUUAAAAUAAUCUGUGCAUGGUGUUUUCGUAUUAUCCUGCAUUCUUCUUCUAGGAUUAUUAAGUUUGGACACAACAUUGCUAUAACUGAAGUAUGUGAAUUAAAUGCUGGCAGUAAACAAACGGUAUGACAUGCAAUAUGUGUUUUCUUCUUUUUGUUUUCUUUCCUCUCAUUUAUUGUUUGGAGCUUAUAUAUGAGACCCAUGUCCCGAGUUAUACUUGAACAACUCUAAUAAGUUUGAAUGUGUUGACAUGUUCUCUAUAGAUCUCAUAACGUUUGUAAGUACAUUGUGCAUGAUUUCAUAACUUAUGGGAUAAUAAAAUGUUUAUGGAUGUGC